UCCCAUUACCUCACCCUCCUCCUUUCCCGCUUUCUUUUCCCCCCAUUAUCCCAUCUAUUGUCUCACAUCAAAAUUAAAACAUUAAAUCAAUCGCAGAAAUACCUCUGGAUUUCUUUUCUACCAAUUUCGAAAUAAAUAAAUAAAGAAAAAAAAAAGACAAACGCCGUGGUGAAUGAGUACGGACGCCGCCGACGAUGGGCUGCGCAAGCCCCUUUUGCACACCGGAAGCUGGUACCGCAUGUCGGGCUUGGGCUCCCGCCAAUCCAGCAUCAUGAACUCCUCGGCCCAGUUCCUGCGUGAGUCCAUCUCCGUCUAUUUUUGCGUUCUCAUUGUUGCCCUUGGCCCAAUCCAAUUCGGUUUCACCUCGCUCAUAAUUGCCGCAAUUCCGAAUAUCAUUGGCUGGCUUGCAAUUUCAUUUGCCAAAAGCUCGUCGUUCUUGUUCAUGGGAAGAUUGUUGGAAGGGUUUGGUGUCGGCAUAAUCUCUUACACAGUGCCUGUAUACAUAGCAGAGAUUGCACCUCAGAACUUAAGAGGAAGCCUUGGAUCUGCAAAUCAGCUUUCAGUCACAAUUGGAAUCAUGUUGGUGUAUCUGUUGGGGCUUUUCGUACAUUGGAGAGUGCUUGCGGUUAUAGGAAUUUUGCCAUGCACAAUCUUGAUUCCUGGCCUCUUUUUUAUACCAGAGUCUCCUCGUUGGUUGGCUAAAAUGGGCUUGAAUGAAGAUUUCGAAACUUCUUUGCAAGUUCUAAGGGGAUUCGAGACAGAUAUCACAUGUGAAAUAAAUGAGAUUAAGAAAUCUGUAGCUUCAUCAGGCAAAAGAACCGUACUUCGAUUUUCAGAGAUCAAGAGAAAACGCUAUUGGUACCCUUUGAUGGUUGGAAUUGGGUUGCUCAUGCUCCAACAACUAAGUGGUAUCAAUGGUGUUCUUUUCUAUUCGAGCAGCAUAUUUCAAGCUGCAGGUGUUUCAUCGGGUAAAAUUGCAACAUUUGCUAUUGGGCUUAUCCAGGUCGUUGUUACUGGUGUGUCAGCAACUUUGGUGGACAAAGCUGGUCGAAGGAUUCUUCUUAUCGUGUCUUCCUCUCUAACAACCGCGAGUACCUUCCUUGUUGCAAUUGUGUUCUUCUUAAAGGACAGUUUACCCGAAAGUUAUCAAUCUAUGAUGGGAGUACUUUCACUAGCUGGACUUCUGAUUUUCGUGAGUGGCUUCUCUGUGGGACUUGGAGCAGUACCAUGGAUUAUAAUGUCUGAGAUUCUCCCCGUAAGCAUAAAGAGUCUUGCUGGAAGUGUAGCAACAUUAGCCAAUUGGCUAUCGGCAUCUAUCAUUACAAUGACGGCUAAUUUACUCCUAACUUGGAGUAGUGGAGGAACUUUCGCCAUUUAUUCAUUAGUAUCGGCAUUUACUCUGUUAUUUGUGGCAAUGUGGGUUCCUGAGACCAAAGGGAAAACGCUGGAAGAAAUUCAAUUUUCCUUUAGACGAUAG